CAAUUCCCCAACGUCGAUCCUGUGAAGGCGAAAAGGACGAGAAAUUCCCUGCAUAUUUCCGUCGUUUAUCACGAAUUACGUCGCGUAAUCGACGUUGUUGAGAUAAAUAAUAAUUAUCGUAAUAAUUUUGAAGCUGAUGCCACACUGUGAACCAACAUGGAUCCUCGUGUCACUGUGAAUUUUGUGUGCCAGCGUUGCACGCAGCCCAUUCAUUUGGAUGCAGGCUUCUCCCAUCUCAACGAACACACGCUUGCUGAACUUGCUUUACCAAUAUACCAGGGCAUCGAUGCCGACUUUGAUCCGUCAGAUGAAACUCUGGACAAGUUUGUCCCUCCUCUCCGCCUGUCGGAUUCAGGCCAUCACAACCACGGAUUUAUGCUAGUCGGCGAAUCGUAUGACACAGAGAAAACUCAGCCUUUGAAGGUUGUCACUGGCUUGUACGAUCUGGUCAGCUCAAACAGCGACAUAGACCACCCGCUCUGCGAGGAAUGUACAGACGCACUUCUGGACAUGAUGGACACGACUUUGUCUCGAACACAGAAGCAGGCACAGAUGUCUCAGCAGCUUCUGGUGUCACUGAACAAGAUGCCAGACGAAGACGUCACGGCUUUGGAGAACGAACUCAAGAGUUACGGCUUGGAACAGGAGCGCCUGCUUGUUGAACUGGCCGAGACCCAGAAGGAACAGGAAGUCGUGAUGACCGUCUUGGAGAAGCAUGAGGAGGAGAAGGCGAGGUUGCAGGACGAAGAGGAACGGUAUUGGCGGGAGUACUGUUCUCACAAAUACCAACUCACGCAGAUGGAGGACGAAAACAGGAGCUUAAAGAACCAACUACAGUACACUCAGAACCAGUUGGAACGACUGAAGAAGACCAAUGUCUUCAACACAACAUUCCAUAUCUGGUACUCUGGUCACUUUGGAACGAUCAACAACCUCCGGCUCGGUCGUCUGCCAACGGCACCCGUCACGUGGCCAGAGAUCAAUGCUGCUUGGGGCCAGACUGUGCUUCUUCUUGCUUCGCUCGCAAGGAAAAUUGGACUAAAGUUCUCCAAGUAUAGGCUUGUGCCUUUUGGGAAUCACUCGUAUAUUGAGGUGAUCGGAGAAAACCGUGAACUCCCGCUGUACGGAUCUGGAGGCUUCAGGUUCCUCUGGGACACCAAAUUCGAUGCCGGGAUGGUGGCCUUCCUAGAGUGUGUCGCAGAGUUCCAGCAGCACGUCGAAGCCCAGGGAGGACAGUCGGCGAAGUUCUGUCUCCCGUACCGCAUCAACAAACACUUCAUAGAGGAUCCGACGUCUAACAAUUCCAUGUCGAUCAAGAUGCAGUUCAAUAGCGAAGAACAGUGGACGAAAGCCCUGAAAUUUUUACUCACGAACCUCAAGUGGGGUUUAACGUGGGUUUCCUCCGCCCUUUUCUCCAGCUCCCAGGGCGAGAACUAAGAUCACGACGGGAGAUUUCGUGAAGGAGGGCAAUGUUAUCGUUGUGCUGUGCAAUCUUGAACAUUAGGCCAGUAGUACCUUGGAGGGACCUCUGAGAAAGCUCGUAUUGAUGACGGGAAGUGUAAUUGUCAAUCCAUGUAAUCAUAAACACUCAGGCCAUUCAUUGCCAAAUCACCCUGAACAACAGACUAAGCUGACAGAGAACUGUUAUGCCUGUUAGACUGGUAUUGGUAUGAUCAAAGAUGUAUAUAGUGUUGUAAUUAUGGUUGGUACAUAACCAACACAAAUAUUUUUUAUUUACAUCAUAAGUAAGUUAUGUAACUGUUUCCUACUUUCUAAGUGCGUACAAGGAUAUUUCCUUCUUCGUUUUGGAACCAUGAUGCUAAGUUCGGUUGCUGGUGUAUCCAGUAAAUUUGUUUGAAUUUCUUAAACAUGGUUUGAAUUGUGGUAAUGCGAAAUGCAUUUUCCCUCAUACUGUACAGAAUUCUGUUGCUGAUUUUGACAUUAGUACAGUACGGAACUUUUAUAUGUGAUAUACGUGUAAGGCAAACAUGUUUUGUUUGUAAAUAAAUGUUUAUACAAGUUUAA